AUGGAAAUCAUCUGGCGCGACUCCCCCACCUACGAAGAAGCCCGCAUCAGCCGCGUCUUCAACCACCGCCGACCAGCGCGCUACCCCCUCGCCGUCGUAAACGCAACCAGCGUCUCGGAUAUACUCCAGGCCGUUCAACUGGCAAAAGAGAAGGGAUGCCGCGUUGCCGUGCGCUCGGGCGGCCACUCCUGGGCUGCGUGGAGUGUGCGCGAUGAGUCGAUUCUUAUCGAUCUAGGCAAAUACAAACUCCUCGACGUUGAUCCGGUUGAGAAGGUUGCGCGUGCGUCGCCGAGUAUGACGGGGCGCGAAGUUAACAGGGUGCUGACGAAGGAGUUUGGGUUGAUGUUUCCUGGUGGGCAUUGUCCGGAUGUGGGCAUUGGGGGGUUUCUGCUGCAGGGUGGGAUGGGCUGGAAUUGUCGGGGCUGGGGAUGGGCUUGUGAGAGAGUCAGGGCAGUCGAUGUGGUGACCGCCGAUGGCGACCUGGUGCAUUGUAACAAGGACCAGAAUGCAGACCUGUACUGGGCAGCUCGGGGUGCUGGACCUGGCUUCCCCGGCAUCGUAACCCAAUUCCACCUCGACCUCAUUCCCUACCCAGAGCGCGGAUUUCGCGGCUCAGGAUACUCCUAUCCCAUCAGUAAAUACCACGAAGCCUUCAACUGGAUCCUCUCAAUCACACCAACCUACGACCAAGACACCGAAAUCGCAGUCGUAGCCCACUACCCCGAAGGCCACGACGAGAUCCGCCUCUUCAUCCUCCUCGUCACCAUGAAACACACACCAGAAGAUGCAGAAAAUGCACUUCGUCCCGCACACGCCUCCCAUCCCCCAGGUGCUCUAGAAGAGUGGUUCUGCCAAGAAGACAGUCUAGCAAAUCAAUAUAUCAACCAAGCAAAAGCAAACCCCGAAGGCCAUCGGUACUGCGCCGAGAACGCGUUCAUCGAGAACGACGCAGACGUUGCCGCCGUGCUCGAGGAGGCAUUCACCACUCUCCCGCACCGCAAGGCGUUUUCGCUGUGGUACGCCAUGAACCCGUGUAGUCGACGGGCGCUCCCUGAUAUGGCGCUGAGUGUGCAAUCGGACCAUUAUCUCGCCUUGUAUACGGUGUGGGAUGAUGCGAGGGAUGACGAGCGGUGUCAGGCUUGGGUAAGGAGUGUGAUGAGUCGUGUUGAGCGGCGGUCUGUUGGGAGCUAUUUGGGGGACUCGGACUUUCAGGUGCGCCAGACGCGUUUUUGGGCGGAGGAGAAUGGGAAAAGGCUUAUGGGUGUGAGGCGCAAGUGGGAUCCUACGGGGAGGAUUUGUGGGUAUCUUGAUGAGGGGGAUCAGUCGGGGGUUGAUGGAUUGGCGAAUGUGCAGACUUGGUUGUAG